GAUGUUUUGAAGUGAAGAUUGGCCAUUACCUGGAGAACUGUUGGCGAAGACAGAGUGAGAGAGAUGAGCAAAAACUAUUCUUAGAUUAUUAGCCGCAAGAAAAACAAAAAAUCCCGGUAAUGUCUUAUAGAUUAUUAGCCGCAAAACUAUUCUUAGAUUAUUAGCUGCAAAAAAAAAGUGAGGAUCUUUUUAAUGUCUGGUCACAGUUUGACUGUAAACAGAUAUUGUGGAUUCAGACAGAGUGGAUCAUCAUACCGAAAAUAGCUCUUAUAAAAAACUAAGCCAAGAUUGAAAAGAUUCCAAUAACUUUUACAGAGGAAUGCAAGAACGAUCAACAAGCAAGAAAGGAGUUUCAGAAGAACAAAUUUCUUCUUCUUCAUCCUCCUCGUCACUCUGUUUUCACUACGAGGAGAAAAGUUGAGUUCUUGAUCAUUCGAACAACCAUCAUCUCAUCAUCUAGAGCCCAAAAACAGAAGCUGCGGUUUUUGGGUUAAAUCAUCUAAAUCUAUGGCAGGAGGGGCUUUUAUCGACGAGAGUGGCCAUGGAGGAGAAUACGAAGAAGGUCGGGUAACCGCAUUUGUCAUGAUUACCUGCAUUGUUGCUGCAAUGGGUGGUCUACUCUUCGGUUACGACAUCGGUAUCUCAGGAGGAGUGACAUCAAUGGAGGAGUUUCUAACGAAAUUCUUCCCCGACGUGCUUCGUCAAAUGCAAAACGAAACAGGGCGUGAAACAGAGUACUGUAAAUAUGAUAAUGAGCUUCUCACUCUUUUCACUUCCUCUCUUUACCUCGCUGCUUUGUUCGCUUCUUUCCUUGCAUCGACCAUUACAAGGCUUUUUGGUCGGAAGGUCUCAAUGACGAUCGGGGGUUUUGCUUUUCUCACUGGAGCUCUUCUCAACGGUUUAGCUAUCAACCUCGAGAUGUUGAUCAUCGGGCGGUUAUUUCUCGGUGUAGGUGUCGGAUUCGCUAACCAAUCUGUUCCUCUUUACCUCUCUGAGAUGGCUCCUGCUAAGAUCAGAGGAGCUCUCAACAUUGGUUUUCAAUUAGCAGUCACGAUCGGGAUCUUAGCCGCGAACGUUGUCAAUUACGUGACCCCAAAGCUCAAGAACGGGAUCGGAUGGAGAUUAUCUGUCGGUUUAGCUGGAGUUCCGGCCUUUAUGAUGCUCCUCGGAUGCUUUUUCUUGCCAGAUACGCCAAACUCAAUCCUUGAACGUGGAAACAAAGAAAAAGCUAAGGAGAUGUUGCAGAAGAUCAGAGGAACCAUGGAGGUCGACCAUGAGUUUAAUGAACUUUGCAACGCGUGUGAGUCCGCGAAGAGAGUUAAGCAUCCAUGGACGAACAUUAUGCAAGCUCGUUAUCGACCGCAGCUCACGUUCUGUACCUUCAUCCCGUUCUUCCAGCAGCUAACCGGGAUCAACGUCAUUAUGUUCUAUGCACCUGUUCUGUUUAAGACAAUUGGUUUUGGAAAUGACGCAUCUCUUAUAUCCGCAGUCAUCACCGGUCUUGUCAAUGUCCUCUCCACCAUUGUUUCCAUCUACUCCGUCGACAAAUUCGGACGCAGAGCUUUGUUUCUUCAAGGUGGUUUCCAGAUGAUCUUGACCCAGAUCGCGGUUGGAUCGAUGAUCGGGUGGAAAUUUGGAUUCAACGGGGAAGGAACAUUGUCAGAGGUUGAUGCGGAUAUAAUCUUGGCAUUGAUAUGUCUCUAUGUGGCGGGUUUUGCGUGGUCAUGGGGACCGUUGGGAUGGUUGGUACCGAGUGAGAUAUGUCCAUUGGAAAUUAGAUCAGCAGGACAAUCGUUAAACGUUUCGGUGAACAUGUUCUUCACCUUCUUCAUUGGACAAUUCUUCUUGACGAUGCUUUGCCAUAUGAAGUUUGGUCUGUUCUACUUCUUCGCCGGCAUGGUCUUGAUCAUGACCAUUUUCAUUUACUUCUUGUUGCCGGAGACAAAAGGAGUUCCAAUUGAGGAGAUGGGGAGAGUGUGGAAGGAGCAUAGAUAUUGGGGGAAGUAUAGUCGUAAUGAUAAUGGUGAUGAUGUUGAUGAUGAUGUUUAUAUGUUUAGUUGAUGAACUUGAUUGAGAUAUUUGGAUUUAAGAGUUUGGUAGGAUUUGAUAAAUUGUUAUUGAGAAAACGCUUAUGCUGACCAAUGUGUGAAAUCAAGAAUGAGGAAAAUAAUAAACAAGUGUACACAAUUUGGGGAUUCAUUUUCAAAUUAAAACCUUACUUGACUCCAUUUAUGACCGUACCCAACUAAAAUUACUCGAACUUUUUGAGCUAAAAAUAAUACUAUAAAUUAUCGGUUUGGACUAAAAUAAUUCAUUUUUACGGAUAAAGAUACAUGUCGAGUAAUUAUCAAAAGUAUCCAAAUUAUCCGUUUGAAUUGUUAAAAAUCUCUAGAAUUAUUAUAAGGUUUUCAA